AUGGAGGGAAACUGGAAUCCUAACGAACAAGGCAGAGACUCGCUUGCCAAUAAUUGGAGAUCAACGCAUGAGCCUGAUCUAAGGAAAAGAGUUAUUUUUGCAAUAGUGGAAAAAUUGAAGAUAUGUUUUCCUAACCAUAGCCAAAAUGAUAUUAACAAUACCGCUUUCAAAUUUGAGGACGUGAUCUAUGGCAUGGCCACAGAUAAGAGUGAUUACUUGCGGAAAAUCAGUGAAAAGAUAUUGGUUUUCGACCAAAAAUUCAGAAGUGUGCAAUCUGGUUCUUCAGUCAAUGUACCUAAAACUAAUCAAGAUCCAGGUACAGCAGCACAAGCUCUGAAUCAAGGGGAAUCACUUCCCACCUUGUUGCCAUACACACAGACUCCAACAAGCCAACAGUGGUUUCAUCAAAACAACAAUCAUGAGUCUUCUGGCUUCUCCACUCAAGUCCCUAUAACCGCUGCUCAGAGCCUAAACAUUCAAAUGGGUGAAGGAGUUCAUUCAAAUCUUCUUCUUAGCGGUUCUCAAAGACAGACUCAGGGAAGGCAUCAGUUUUGUUCUCAGCCUCAACAGCAGCCACAGAGUUAUAAAGACAUGUUUCAAUGCCAAGUGGAUCAACAGUUUCAGAAAGAGAAUACCCAUCACUUACAACCUUCUUACACACAGCAGCAGCAGCAGCACCACCAGCAAAGUCUAUUACAACAACCUGUUCAGCAGCAAAUGACUCAUCACACAUCAUUGGCUACUAUUCAGCAGUCCUUUCCUCAGACUUCUGCUCACUCUAGUCUAACAUCAUCAGGCCAACAAAACUCUCAGUUCUUGCCAAGACAUCAGUUUCCAACACAGAGAGUCCAUUCUAGCCAUCAACAGCAGAUGCAUGUGCCGUUCCAGGAACAGAAACAGCAAGAACACAUGCAACUCAUGAGUCAACUGAUGAAUGGUCAAGACACCCUGCAGAAUCAUCUAACAUCACAACCAAACAACUGGGAGCAACAACAAGGAGCUUUUACAUUAUCGUCCUCCCAGCAGAACAACAUUUACAGCUUUCAAGAAAUGGCCCAACAGAAAAAUAACCUCCAAGAUAUGUACCAGCAACAACACCUAUACUCUCACAGUAAUAAUCCUUCAGUCUUUCCCUCACAGCAGCAGAUGUAUAUGCCUAGCUGUCAAUCUGGUAACUUCAGCGCAGGCCAAGUGGUGGGACAAUCUCAACCAAUGAUGCUACAACAAUACCAACCGCAACACCAGCAGCCUCAGAAUAGAAUCUUUCAGCAUGAUACACAAAGGUUUCAAGCAGCAGCAUCUCAAGAUUAUACAGGCAAGACUGCAAAUGCUAAUGGUGGGGACUGGCAGGAGGAGACCUAUCAGAAGAUAAAGGCCCUCAAGGAUAAGUAUUUGCCUGUUCUAAGUACACUGCUCCAAAAAGUAUCUAACAAAUUACAGGAGGUUGAUUCUCUUCCUCAACAAAAGAUGCAACAUGACCCUUUUGAAAAGCUAAGAGCGGGCAAGUCAACGUUGGAACUACUUAUUAUGUUCUUAAAUGUCGGUAGGGACAGUAUAUCAGAGAGUCACAGAAACAACUUUGGUAUGUACGAGGAGCAGGUAUUGAGGUUCACCAAGAAUCAUCACCAGACCAUGACUCAGACAAGUGGUCAUGAUCAAGUCCAUGUGUCCCAGUCUCAUGACAAUGAUCAAAUGAAUAUCACUCCAGCUCGGUCUAGUGUGUUUCAUCAUAAGCACUUUCAUCAUCUCCAGAUGCAACACCAGACCCUGCAGAGGCAGCAGCAGCAUCAGAUACAGAACCAAUCUUCUCCUCAGUUGGUGAACCAAAAGAUUCUUCCUACAACAUUUCACAACACAGGAACCCCAUCACAGUCUCCUGACUCGCCUUUUUUUGCUCCUUCUCCAAAUCUUGGGGAUCUUGAAAAGCCCAUAUCUGUAGACUCCCAACUCUAUACAACAGCUCAGGAGCAGCCUAUUGAUCAUCUGAGAAAAGCUGUGAGUGAAUUUCAAACUGAUAGCUACAAACAGUUCUGUAGCAUGGAAUCUGAAGCUGAUUCCACCGCAUCAUCAGGCUCUAAAGUUCACAAGAUUGAGACUGGUUGUGCCCUCCUGCAAGAAAUCAAAGAGAUAAAUGGGAGUCUUGUAGAGACAAUGUUAAACAUAUGUAAUGAAGAUGUUUCAGGAAUAGUUGUGACUUGUUCUUAUUCCCCUUUGGCUCUCAGUGACACACUUGAAGCUCAUUACAAGUCAGGACAAGUCUCACAGAUUCAGCCGUUACGCUUACUAGUUCCUGUGAAUUAUCCAUACUCCCCUAUACAAAUUCUCGAGAAAGUCCCAUCUGACACUAGUUUACAAAAAUAUGAUGAUUUAUCUGCGAGGACCAGAUCGAGGUUUAGCUUGUCCAUGAAGGAGUUUUCAGAACCGUUGUCUCUUAAGGAAAUAGCUCAAGUUUGGGAUGGUUGUGCAAGAGAGACGAUGGCCGAGUUCGCUGAGCAACAUGGUGGAAGCUCUUUCAGCUCCAUGUAUGGUCACUGGGAGUCUGUUCUAGGAGCUUCCUGA